UUAGCAAAAGUUGGCUUGUUCUUUUCCUUUGCCUGCAAAUUCCAUGCCAUUGAUAAUUCAUAAAUACUCUCUGUUCUUGCACUUGCACUUCAAUAUUAGACGUACACCCACUGAUGAGCUCAGCCAUGGCUUGGACAUGGACCAUAGCCGCAGUACUGGUGAUGCUUGCUUAUCUCCUGCGAGAAUGGGCAUGGAAAAGCAGCAGCAAGAAGAACAAAUUACCUCCUGGUCCAAGAGGGUUCCCUUUCUUUGGGAACCUUCACAUGUUAGGGGAAUUACCUCAUCGCGAUCUGCAUCAACUUGCCCAAAAACAUGGCCCCAUCAUGUACUUGCGCCUAGGCUUGGUGCCUGCCAUUGUUGUCUCAUCGCCUCAGGCUGCUGCGCAGUUCCUUAAAGCACAUGACCUGGCGUUUGCUAGUAGACCGCCUCUUGAGGCCGCAAAGCACAUCUCUUAUGAGCAAAAGAACUUGUCCAUGUCUCCAUACGGCUCUUAUUGGCGCAACAUACGUAAGAUGUGCACUCUUGAAUUGCUUAGCAGUCGUAAAAUCAAUUCUUUCAAACACAUGAGAAAAGAAGAGCUCGGCCUUUUGAUAAAGUUUAUUCAAGAGGCUGCCUGCGAUUGUGUUGCUGUUGAUCUGAGUGCCAAGGUUUCAUCUCUCAGUGCGGAUAUGAGUUGCUGUAUGGUGUUUGGGAAGAAGUACAUGGACAAGGAUCUUGAUGAGAAGGGAUUCAAGGCUGUAAUCCAAGAAGGAAUGUACCUGGGAGCAACUCCUAACCUUGGUGAUUAUAUUCCUUUCAUUGCGCCCCUUGAUCUUCAGGGGCUGACACGGCGGAUGAAGGAUGUGAGUAAGAUCUUUGAUGACUUUUUUGAGAAAAUCAUCGAUGAGCAUGUCCAAUCCAAGGACGAAAAUAAGACCAAGGACUUCGUUGAUGUCAUGUUGAGCUUCAUGGGAUCUCAAGAAUCUGAGUACCGGAUUGAACGCUCCAAUAUCAAAGCCAUCAUUCUGGACAUGCUUGCAGGAUCAAUGGACACUUCAGUAACGGUAAUUGAGUGGGCACUCUCAGAACUGAUGAAGAAUCCUCAAGUAAUGAAGAAAGUUCAAAAGGAGUUGGAAGAUGUGGUGGGGUUGGAGAGGAUGGUGGAGGAAUCGGACUUGGAUAGCUUGGAGUACUUGGACAUGGUUUUGAAGGAAACCUUCAGGCUACAUCCAAUAGCACCAUUGUUGCUACCUCACGAGGCCACGGAGGACUGCACAAUCAAUGGUUUCCACAUACCCCACAAGUCCAGAGUGAUGAUAAACGUAUGGACAAUUGGGCGAGACCCAAGUGUUUGGAGUGAUGCAGAGAAAUUCUGCCUGGAAAGGUUUGUCGGAAGUAAUAUAGACGUCCGGGGACGGGACUUCCAACUUAUCCCAUUUGGCUCCGGCAGAAGAGGCUGCCCAGGGAUGCAAUUGGGUCUAACCGUGGUUCGGCUAGUAGUGGCACAGCUUGUCGAUUGCUUUGAUUGGGAGCUUCCUAAUAACAUGCUGCCAAAUGAGUUGGACAUGACUGAGGAGUUUGGUCUUACAACUCCAAGAGCAAAGCAUCUACUUGCAAUUCCUAUUUAUCGCCUAAGCAAAUGAAUGAAACUAGUCUUCUUUCUUUCUUUCUUUCUUGUUUUCAUGUCUAAACUUAUGUAAAUUUGUCAAACUCCUUCAUGAAUAAUAACAAAUACAUAGUUCCCCUGUU